CUAUACGAUCCGGACACCUUUGUAUAUGACUACUCGAUACUGAAGCUCAACAAGACUCUGGACUUCAAUGGUCAGGAGAAGCAUCUCAUGCCCAUCUGUCUUCCCAGCUUAAACCAGAACUUUGAUGGACAAACCUGCACUGCAAGUGGAUGGGGACUUACAAAAGACAGAACCCAAGGGGGAAACGACUCGAAUCCCGAUCUGCUAAAAGUAGACUUGCCCAUCGUACCAUACGAUGAAUGUAGAAGGGACUACAUCGGUGUGCAACAUGUCGACAGAAACACGAUGAUUUGCGCAGGAACCGAAGAAGGAGGAAAAUCUACCUGCCAGGGCGAUUCUGGAGGACCCCUGCAGUGUCCCAGGUCUGACGGCCGCUACGUGCUGGCGGGAUUGACAUCCUGGGCUACCAUAUGUGCCGCUCCAGGUCAGCCUACUGUCUUGUCGAGGGUCUCGACGCAACUGCCCUGGAUUCAGGAAACUACAGGACUGCAUUUCAAUAGCCGCUUUGAAAUAUUAUUCAUAUUUCGGGCAACAUUAUCCAAACCCCAAUUUUAUUUUUCAUUUGAAUAA